GUGCUACAUCAGACGGGAAAGUUAUAUCCUUGAAGAUUAUAAACGUUAUUUUUAAUUAUUUCAGUUUAUUGUGAAGUAAAUAUUAAAUAAAUCAAGUAUUUAAGACGUAGAGAAUUAUGAUUUGUGCUAUUGCUGUAAUGAGUUUUAAUGCAAUCGACUUAGACGUAAAAUACUUUGACAGUCCAUAAGGGAAAAUUCUCAUCAAAUUAUGGCUCAGUAAAAGAAUCAAUAAUAAUGCAUCCCCUCUUGGGGUGCUGAAAUUCUGUGAAAUUUUCCCAUGGAAAUACAUAAGUGAAUAUUAUAUAUUCUUUCCAUCAAUCACUGCAAUGAACUAUUAAUAAAAAAAUAAGGCACUUUUUCUAAAUUAACUGGACUAUAGUAAUGCAUUUUAAUUUGAAAACAUUUUAUUAAUUUUACAAUAUUGAAAUAUUUUAUGUUGUUAUUAAAUGUCAAAAUUACAAGUUAUUUGAAGUCUAUAAGUGUGUGACAUGCCUCCUAUUAGUGAAGAUAUGUAAGUGUAAUAAAAUGAGUCAUCCAGAUAGCUUAACGGGUUUAUCAUGGGAAUUAGAUUGCACACUAAAGUGUCGUUCCCAAAUUCAUGCUUCUAAAAUUUUAGCAGCAGUUACAAGAGGUGACAAUGCUGAAAUACAAGCCUAUUGCAGAUGGCUUUGCCACAAUUUCUUCAGUGUUACUGAUAAGUUAGGAAGAAAUAUAUUGCACAUGGCUGCUGCUUGUGGAAAAUGGAGAUUAAUAGAAUGGUUAAUUAAGAAAUGCCAUUCAGAAGUAGAUGUGAAAGAUGCAGAAUCUGGAUGGACUGCACUUCAUCGUAGUCUUUUUUAUGGACAACUUACCACAGCUAGAAAACUUUUGAUGUAUGGAGCCAAUCUACAAAUAUAUGAUCAUGAAGGCUUGACACCUCUGGAAAUUUUAAUUAAGGAUAGACCUCUGUAUAUUGAAUAUGAUAAGAAUAAUCCAUCAGAAGUAUAUGUUUGGGGAAGUAAUACAAAUUAUAAUUUAGGUCUAGGAAAUGAACAAAGCAGAAAUCACCCAGAAUUACUUGAUAAGUUCAGAAGAGAAAAUAUCAAUAUCAAGCAGGUGGUAAUGUGCAAAUUUCAUAGUAUAUUUCUUUCAACUGAUGGUCGUGUAUUUACAUGUGGACAUGGCCAUGGUGGUCGCCUAGGACAGAAUUCAGAGCAAACUGUUCUAAUACCUCAUGUUAUUAAAGGUCUUGGUACCUCAAUAUGUCAAGAGAUUGCUGCAGGUCAAGAUCAUUUGGUCAUAUUAACCGAAGGCAACCAGGUAUGGACUUGUGGCUUAAAUACAUAUCAUCAACUCGGUCAUGUUCCACCACCAGAACGUCUACUUUAUCCUCGUCCAAUAACUUUAAAACUCAUAAAAAACCAAGAGUUUAUUGGAGUUUGUGCUGCACGUUACCAUACAGUCUUAUUUACAAAUGAUGCUGUUUUUACUUUUGGUUUAAAUGCUGGUCAGUUAGGUCAUCCAAAAGGGAGUCGAACUCAAAUUUCUCCUAGACAAGUGUCAACAUUAGACCAUAAAGAUUGGAAAAUAACUCAUGUUGUUGCUAGUGAUGGUGCUACUGUAUGUGCCACAAAUAAAGGCGAUGUGUUUGUCUUGCAUGAAUAUCAGUGUCGCAAAAUUGCUUCAAGACAAUUAGAGAUACAAAAAUUAUCAGUUGUUGGUGGACAUCUAGAUGCUCGAUGUGAAGCAGCAAGUGUUAAGGAAGGUGGUGGUUUUGAAUUACGAAUUGUUAUACUGACAAGAUCUGGAAAGAUAUUUUUAUGGAGAGAAUCAUAUCCUGUUUUAAGAAGAUGUCUUUUCAACAUUGGAAGACAAUUAUUUGUUUCUGAUCUUCAAGUUACACAUUCUGUUAUUUCCUUUAUUACAAAAGAUGGUGAAGGAUUUCAAGGAAAUCUUGCUUUUUCAAAAGACAAUUCAUUAAAUUCUGCAGAGAAAGGUUCAUCUAUUCUUUGUAAUACAAAAUCGUCAAUGAUGGUCAAUUCUUUACAUACAUUACUAAAUAAAGAUGAGUGUGAUCUAAUACGCAUUAAACGUUUGCAUGGAAUUCAUAGAGCAGUUCAAAUAACUUCAGAUUCAAAAGGAAGAAAUUUUGCUGUGCUCCAAUCUCAUCCAAAAAUUGGUUUAACUGAAUUACCAACUUUACCACCUUCAGAAAUGCAAGAAAAUUUUCUGCAUCUUUUGCAAAGUGUGCAUCCCGAAGACAUUAUUCAUGAUGUUAUAAUAAAAGUUGGAAGUAGAUAUUUUCAUGCACAUAAAUAUAUUUUGGCUUCUCAAAGUGAAUAUUUUCGGAAACUUUUCAUUUCUGAAGAAAUUACCAAUGGAAUACUACAGACAAUGUCAGUUGAUGAUGUAACUUCUGAUACAUUUGAACAGAUCUUACAAUUUACAUAUACUGAUGAAUGUGAUUAUCUAAAGGAAGGAAAAGAAAUACAUAAAAAGAAUCCUUUGCCAUGUAAUUCAAAUAAUAAAGAUAUUGCAAAAAAUGAAAUUGGUAUUUCAGCAUAUGAGGUUGCUCAGAGGAAAAAUAAAAAACGUUGUAAAGAAAAUAAAAAUAAAACAAUUAUUGAAAAUCCACUUAUAGAUUUACAAGAUGCAAGUAAAAAAUUUGGACUAGUUCAUCUUUCCAAAAGAUUGAAAAGUGUAAAAUUAGUUAAUGGAAAAAUAAAAGUUCUUGAAUUUCCUAAUGUUUCAAAAUUACGAUUUAAUCGAAAAAAUCUAAUUAAUCUCUGUGAUGUGAAGUUACUAUCAGCAGACAAAAAAGAAUUUAGUUGUCAUCGUUGUGUAUUAGUAGCAAGAUCUGAAUAUUUUCAUAAUAUGCUUGGAUCUGGUUGGAUUGAGUCUUCGUCAUUGGAUCAGCUUUCACUUUCAAUAGAAUCUGAAAUUUUAGAAAUAAUACUGGAUUAUUUGUACGCUGAUAAUGUAUCUAAAAUUUAUGAUUCAGACAAUCUGGAUCUCAUAUGCAAUACUUUAAUGACAGCUGAUCUUCUAUUAAUUGAUAGACUUAAAGCCAUUUGUGAGUUAACUUUAGUUGACUUAAUAACAUUAAAAAAUGCUGCAGAAUUAUUAGAAAUUUCAUUUGUCUACAAUGCACCCCAAUUGAAACUAGCUUGUAUGGAAUAUAUCUGUAUUAAUUUGCCUGCUAUUUUAGAAAAUGGAUAUUUAAAUGCUGUCAGUGAUGAAGCUAUGGAAGAAUUAACAAAAUUUUAUCAAAAAUUAGUACCGGCGAUGAAUAAACGCAUUAUAACACCUUACAGUAUGGGUCCUACUCACGAAGAAAUGCAAUUUGUUGCUGAAAAUUUUCCUGUAGAUAGUGAUGAUGAAUUUAAACGCUUACAUUUUGAUACAAACCCAUUAAAAUCAGAAGGUAAAGUCAGAUCAAGACGUAGAACUUAUUCACAUAGAAGCAGCACAGAAGAACAUACAACAAAAGAGAAAAAUGAGACUGAAGAUCUUCAUAUGGAAGAGUUGCAGUUAGCUGAAUGUUUACCAGAUUCUAAUAUAAAAAAUGAAGAUCUCAAUAAAGUUAUUCCUGUUGAAAAUUCAGAUUUCUCUGGUAAAAAUAAUUCACUGUCCAAAUUAUUUGGAAAAACUGGUUGGACUGUGUCUUCUAGUGAAGCUGUUCCCAUGUUAAAAGAUAUCAUGAUGCAAGAAGAACGUGCACAGAAUGUGACUAGAAAACAGAUGAAUAUUAAAAUUGAUUCUCCAUGUUUAUCUCAUCCAAUAUCAAAAACAAAAACAGACAUGAUAUCACCAAAGAAUAAAGUAUAUGUACAAAAAAAUUCACCUACGUCGACCAGUUCUAAUAUUUGGAAAGACAGCUCCAUUCAGAAAUUACCAAAGAAUAAUAUAAAAGAAGAAUCUUCACACAACAUCAAUGUUUUAUCUUCAUUCUUUCCAUCACUGGAUGAAAGGACUAUGAAGCAAAAUAUAGUGUUCAAAAUUGAUAUGAAUUUGGCAUUUGAUCAGAAUACAUCUCAAGGUAAUCCAUGGAAUAAAAAGACAAAACAAGAAGAAAAACCGGUUCCCAAUCUGGAUGAUAUUCUGAAAGCAGAGGAAAGAAAACUUACUCUAGAGAAGCAUCAUAAAGCAAAACCAUUGCAUUUCAUUCAUUUAGAGGAUGGAGCAAUCGAAGAAUUAUUAAAGCUUUAUGAGGCAGAAGAUAACCCAGAAGAAAAGAUAACCGUAGGACGUAUUCUACCAGAAAGAGUUACUACACCAGUAUGGAAGAAAAAUUCAUUUUCAUCAUUUUCUCUUUCUUCUUAAAAAUUAAAAUCAACUUAUAUUUAUGGAAUGAAUAUUUAAAACAUUGUUAUAUCAUUUUUAUUUUUUCUUCUUUUUUUGUUUGUUUGAAAUGAAAAAUUCUAGAUUUAUUUGAUUGUUUAGAAAAUGCUGCCAAAUUUAUGUAAAUAUAUAUAUAAUAAAAGUUAUAUUUUUGAGAU